GAGCCAUUCCUAACACCACUCUCACCGCACUAGCGUCACUUGACCGUUGUUGCAUUCGCGACGUGUCAAGCUGCACGCGGCAGCCUCUGUACGCUCUCGGACAAUUCGCACUUUCACCUCUGGUCUACGGAAAAGGCUGAGCCUAGACCACAACAUAUCUGCUUGCACCGUCCUUUUUUCAUUCCCGCGCACAGUCUCGCGUACUCACCUACAUACCUACAAGCGGCCUGGUAAUCACCAUCAACAUCCUCAACAUCCUCACCAACCAUUCGCGAAAGUCAGCUUGGCGAAGAGUACAUGUUCCAGCGUUGUACGUCUUCCAUACAAGCUCAAUGACAUAAGCCCAUUAUUGUAAUCGUUCGAUGCGAGCCUACUCGCCCACGUCUGAGCGCACUCGUGACAGUGCCCGAGGUCCAGCUCUUGGGAUCUUAAUUCAGGUCUCCUUGGGUACCCUGACGCGAUCUGUCACCACAGUGCGAAUGCAAUUAACGAUUGGUAUGGCGGGGUGCGGGAGGACGAUGCGUAUGGCACUGUGAAGGUGGUGCUGCCAGCGACUAGUCAGGUCUCUCUGCUCACCACGACAAUUCGGCGAGGUCUCAGAAGGGCGUGAGAUCUUUCACUGGCUCGGGUGCAGUCCUUGCGCCAGUCGAAGCAAGUCAAGAACUCCGAGUGGCGAAGCGCACUCGACUCACGACUUGCUCGAUGUGUGGGCUCAGAGUAUCUGUACACAGUGAGUGGCGCGCGCGCGUCACUCAUCACGGCUGCUGCAUCAUUCGUCCCAAUCCCGCCACCGAGUCACUCACAACAGAAUGCUGGGCGGCAAGUGCUGCACUUGCGCCUGUCAACGACGCAAAAGUCUAUCACAUUUCGCGUCAUGGCAGAUGUCACUUGCUACUCUGUCUUUAACUCGUGAUUUAGAGUCGGUGCUCCGGCGCGCCCAUUCGUGAUUGCUCUCUGGGGUCCAUCAGCUCAAUCGUUGUUGUUGAAGAUCAAGGCAAGGUGGAGCAGCAGGAGAGCAAUCGCGAUUGCUCAUGAGGAUUGCGGGUCACUGCAGUCAGUCAGAAUGAAUCUGAAUGGUCCCACGAUACGAGCCUUCUUUGCUUCCAGGAUCCACGCGCAACGAGCGCGGGGCGACUGUGUUGGGUGUGUAUCAUGGCACUCAAGUGAUAUAUCCAUUGACGCCCAAGGAUCACGACUUGCCAAGAUCACUGUCCACGUUUGUGUAGCGCCUUUUGCCACAGUGACGAUCUCAACGAAGCUACCAUUGCGACUUUUCCGCGCUUUUGCGUCGUUCAUGGAUUGUGGCGAGCAGCUGCUGUGUGCGUAAGGCCCCCAGCUCGAGCCAGAGUGGGUUGAUGGCAAGUGGCAAAGAUGAUGACAGAUCGAGUCGAUCCCAUGGGCUCCUCUGGUUGAGCUGUGACCCAACUUGCGACAGAUCAGCGAUUCGGGAGAGGAUCAUGAGUUCACGCAUACAGAGGAAGAUAUGGAAGAAGGAGCCGAUCAUGAUUAUGACCCGGAGGCCAGAGUGUCGUCUCAUCGUGUUCGUCA